AUGCCUCUAAAGCCCCCAUACCCCAGGUGGUAUGAAAAAAAUGCUCACUGUGAAUAUCAUGGAGGUGUUUCAGGACAUGCUAUUGAAAAUUGUAUCACCUUUAAGAGGAUUAUCCAAAGAAUGCGCAACAGGAGUUGGAUUUAUUUCAACAAUUCAGAAUCACCCAACAUCAUACAGAACCCUCUAUCUAAUCAUCAAGAGAAUGAGGAAAAUGCAAUCACCAAGAAGAUGGGUAAAAAGGCCAAAACCAUAGUCUCCGAAGUGAAUUCACUUCUUGCUUGGAGCAAAAUCCGAAUUCCAAAACUCACCAAGGAUCCGGGAAUGGAGAACAAGCCUCGACAUGACCCGAACCCGGAUUCAACUAGACCCGAAGAACCAGAGCUCGACCUCUACACCAUACCAAGCUACUCCAGUUGGUUUGCUUGGAACGAUAUUCACAAAACAGAGAGGCAAGCAUUGAAAGAAUUCUUCGAAGGAAGCUCGAUCUCGAGAACCCCCAAAAUCUACAAAGAGUACAGGGAUUUCAUUAUCAAAAAAUACCGGGAAGACCCUUCUCGCCGCCUUACCUUCACCGAAAUCCGCAAAUCCCUUAUCGGCGACGUCACUUUACUCCACAAGGUCUUCCGCUUCUUGGAAACCUGGGGUUUGAUAAACUUCGUCGCCCCUCUUAAACCCCACGAAGGUUCGGAAAGCGAUGAUAGGGUUCGGGUCGAAAACGGGGUUCCAAAAGGAGUCCGGGUCGUCGCCACUCCCAAUUCUUUGCGGCCACUUUCGGCGCCGGUUGUUAAAGGGAAGAACAGUGGUGAUGGGGUUGAAGAGAGUGAAGCCAAGCUGCCUCCCCUGGCCUCGUAUUCUGAUGUUUUUGGUGAUUUGAAGAAGUUACAUUGUGGUAAUUGUGGAGAUAAUUGUGAUUCUGAGUACUAUGAAUAUAAAAAGGAUAAUUUCAUAGUUUGCAUUAAAUGCUUCAAAAGUGGAAAUUAUGGGGAGGGUAUAUCUAAGGAUGAUUUCGACUUGAAAGAUUGCAGUGAGAAGAGUGCGACCAAUGGAGCUGUCUGGACUGAAGAGGAAACUCUUCUUCUUUUGGAUUCUGUUAUGAAACACUGGGAUGAUUGGGAUCUUGUUGCUCAGAAUGUUCAAACCAAGUCUAAACUUGAUUGUAUUACAAAGCUCAUUGAGCUGCCUUUUGGUGAGUCUUUGAUUGAUUCUGCCAAAGGAAGGGGCUACUCCAGCAGUACAAGUACGAACAUGAUUGGCAUAAAACCAGUUUGUGUUACUUCAUCUGAGCACCAAGAGAAAAUUAUAAACGAGGAUCAAGGGUAUGAUUACACAAAUGAGAAUGAAAAGAAUGGGGAUCCUGAGAAUCAAGAACCUCCAUCGAAGAAAAAAUGCACUGCUUCCAUUUCAGAUGCUGAUAGUUCUCUCAUUGAGCAGGUUGCUCGCAUCUCUACCAUGGUUGAGCCUCAAAUCACUGCUGCAGCAGCUGAAGCUGCAGUUGCAAUGCUUUCCGAUGAAAUGUUAUGUCCGAGGGAAAUAUUUUAUGGUGAUCAGAUUGAUUUAACUAAUGGGCCCCUAUCUCCUACUUUAAGAGCUCAUGAUAUCAGAGAGUCAGAGAUACAAGAGAGGUCUAGUCCAUCAGAAUCACAAGAGAUACCUCUGAAGAAUAGUGAUGUACCUUUACCAUUGCGAAUUAGAGCGGCAGUUGCAACAGGUCUCGGAGCAGCUGCUGCUCAUGCCAAAUUAUUAGCUUUGCAGGAAGAGAGGGAGAUUGAACAUUUAGUCGCAAUCAUAAUUGAAGCACAAUUAAAGAAGUUGCAAUCUAAAGUCAAGCAUUGCGAUGAUGCGGAGCUGCUAAUGGAGAAGGAAUAUGCUGCAAUCGAGGAACUCAAAGAGCACAUCCUCGGAGAGCGGAUUAAUAUUUUACGAACGACGUAUAAUACCGGUACGUCUAAAUUGUUGGAACCCAGUUCUGUACAAUCACAAACCGGCAACAUGAGUUAACGUGUUUUAGGUCAAUGUAGUGAUGCAACGGAUGCCAUUAACGUCAGAGUUUAGGAUUUUCAGUUGAUACUUUUGUUUAUUAUAGUUAAAACCUCUAUAAAUGCAGUUAUAUUUCUUUACUUUAUUGUUGUUAGUAGGAAUUAAGGGCAAUUAAGUAUCAGCAUUUGUAAAAUUUGCAUGAUAAAGCUUCAUUGUUUCAA